CACAACUUAUUGGUGCUCUGACUCUUUCACUCCACCUAUAAGUUAUGAUGCAAUAUGCUAAACUAUAUAUAAGGUUGUUCAUCUUUGAAUGAGUUUACUCCUCUCUGAAGCAUUGUGACUACGUUACUGUGGCAAUUCCCACAAUGGAGCCGCGCUGUCCUCUUGAUGAAGGGAUUAUUUCGCCCUACAACCCACCAGUAAUUAUUAUCUCAAUCAUCCUAGGAUUUGCUGGAAAUGCAAUUGCUUUGUGGAUAUUCUGCUUUCGUAUAAAAUGCUGGAAACCAAACACUGUGUACUCACUGAAUCUGGCGAUUGCGGACUUGCUCUUAAUCUGCAGUCUACCCUUUCGAACAGGUUACUUUGUACGUGGGAAGAACUGGAUUUAUGGUGAUGUUCCCUGUCGUCUGAACAUAUUCUUGAUUUCCUUAAACCGGGCUGGCAGCAUCCUUUUCCUCAUAGUUAUAGCGAUCGAUCGCUAUUUCAAGGUGGUCCAUCCACUCCACAAAGUAAACAAGAUAUCUCCAAGGUGUGCGGUGAAGAUAGCAGGUGGUGUGUGGGUUGUAGCGGUGGCUAUUUCUUUUCACUUGUUGAUAGAAGAGCAUAACUUCAAGCAAGACGACGUGAUGUACUGUGAGCUUUUCAACAAAAAGGACCCUCUAACUCCGACAGCAAUUUGGACUGGCACUGUUUUUAUAUUCUUUAAGUUUCUUUUACCAGUUUCGGUGAUUCUGUUCUCUACCUCUUGCAUCAUCUGGAAGUUAAGGCAGAUGGAAACUGGAAUGAGGGGUAAAUAUAAACGAACUGUGAAGCUUGUGAUCGCUGUGGCAGCAGUCUUUGUCAUUUGCUUCUUGCCCACCAACAUUGCUGUAGUCGCGGUUUUAGUCACAAAGCUAAGAAGUCCAUUUGACUGCAAGUCAUAUAACACAGCAGUUAAUAUAUUUUAUAAUACGUUGUUUGUAACAUACCUGAACAGUGUGAUCGAUCCACUUAUUUAUUAUUUUUCAAAUUUGGCAUUUAAAGAUAUUUUGGAGAAAGCUCUACUUCAUCUUAAUUUAAGCUCUUGUAGACCAGCCACAAAUCAAAAUAUAGAACAAGAACAAUCCAAAGCAGAACCAUCUGUGGAUCAACAACUGAGCUCUGUAACACAUGUCUGAUCACUCCCUGUCUGAGUGAAGUAGAUGCUCAUUAUCAUUAAUGUUAUGAAGGCAAGGAUUGUGAAUGAGUGUAAAACCACGGAAUUAUGCAAAUGUUAAACUUUUUGCCAAGGGGUGACUUGAUCCUAAUGAAUAUGUACUGAUGUAGAA